AUGUCAACGACGUACAAGCUGUCUGCUACUUUGGAACAGCAUGCAGCUGAUGUUCGCUGCGUAUCUGCCAGUAAUGCAGAAGUCAGCAAGGAUUGUCGAGGCGAUCUCGUGCUCACCGGCUCGCGAGAUCGACGCGCCAUCGUUUGGUCGCGCACCAACAGCAACCAGUUCACCCCUGCGUUAGAGCUCGGCAAUCACGAAGGCUUCGUCAACGCAUCUGCUCUCCUUCGCUCCAAUGCACCCUACGCCAUCACUGCGGGUCAAGACAAGCUCAUCUACGCAUAUCAGCUUCUCGCCACUGAGGGCAACAUCACUGUCCAGCUCGACCCAAAGACGAGCGAGCCGCAGCCAUCGCGCACAUUGAUAGGUCACACGGAAAACGUGUGUGCGCUCGAUGCAGGCCCACACGGUCAGUACCUCGUCAGUGGCAGCUGGGACAAGACUGCCAAGGUCUGGAGGAACUGGGAAUGCAUCGCCACGCUCAAGGGCCAUGAGCAGUCGGUCUGGGCUGUCCUCGCCGUCGAUCAGGAUAGAGUGCUGACGGCGUCGGCGGACAAGAUGAUCCGCUUGUGGUCCAUCUCGAAUCCGGCCAAGCCGCUUGCCGUUUUUGGAGGGCACACCGACGCUGUGCGCGGGUUGACAUUGCUCGAAGGCGGAGAGUCGUUCGCGAGCUGCGGGAACGAUGGCAACAUUCAUCUGUUCUCGUUGCACGGCGCAUCGUCGGCGGCAGGCAGCGCGCCCAUCCAACCUGUGCAGACGCUGUCCGGUCAUACGAGCUUUGUGUACAGCCUGGCUACUAUUCCGGGCGGCAAGGGCGAGCUGGUCAGCUCGGGCGAGGACCGCAGCGUCCGCAUCUGGCGCGACGGGGCGCUGGUCCAGACUCUCACGCUUCCAGCCAUCUCGGUCUGGUCAGUAUCUGUCCUGCCGAACGGAGACAUCGUCGCCGGCUCGUCGGAUGCUGCAGCGCGUGUCUUUACCCGGGAUGCAUCGCUGGCUGCGGAUGAAGCGACGCUCAAGGCGUACGAGCACGCGGUUUCGACGCAGACGCUCAACCAGACGCAGGUGGGCGAUAUCAAGAAAGACGACCUGCCCGGCCCCGAUGCGCUCUCGCAACAGGGGACCAAGGAGGGACAGACCAAGAUGGUCAAGAACGGAGACAUCGUGGAGGCGCACCAGUGGAGUGCGGCCUCACAGCAGUGGGUCAAGAUUGGCGAAGUGGUUGGCGGCGUCGGAUCCGGUCAGAAGAAGCUGUACGAGGGCAAGGAGUACGACUACGUGUUUGACGUCGAUAUCGCGGAUGGUGUUCCGCCACUCAAGCUCCCCUUCAACCUCAGCGAAAACCCGUACGCGGCUGCGCAAAAGUUCUUGGAGAAGAACGACUUGCCGCAGCAGUAUAUCGACCAGGUGGUGCAAUUUAUCGACAAGAACACUUCGGGAGUGAAUCUGGGUGGACCGCAGUAUGCGGAUCCUUACACAGGUGCUAGCAGGUACCAGCCUUCGGGGUCUUCUUCUUCCAGUAGUGGGGGAGGAGCUGCUGCCGUUCCGCCGACGAGUGCUGAUAGCGGCACCUACACCGGCGCACGCAACGUCGAUCCUUUUACGAGCUCUGUUAACCCUGCAUCAUCUGCCGCCCCGGCCGGUUUGGCGGGUACUGCUCCCUCGGCAGCAUCGUCGUCGUCGGGUCGAAUCCUCCCGCAGCGUACGUUCUUGGCGUUCAAGACAGCCAACUUCUCAGCGAUCAAAAACAAGCUGGCUCAAGUCAACCAACAAGAAUCAGCACCGCUGUCGCCAUCGGAACUGGACCAGGUCAACCAAGUCAUCGCUCAACUCGAGUCCGCCUCUUCAUCCGGCAGGCUUGAGAUCGACGCGCUGCGCAAAGCAAUCUCGACGUGGAGCGCCGGUUCGCGCCUGCCGGCGCUCGACCUGAUCCGAUGUGCUGCUGCAGCAGGCACGACCACUGCGCCGCUUGAGAUUGCACGCGAGGUAUUCGAAGCGUCCUCCUGGGCCUCGGACUGGCCCGCGGGAGCCGGCUCGGAGGCCAAAGCGCGAGACGUCAACUCGAUGCUCGCUCUGCGCACCAUCGCCAACCUGUGGACUGACGCGCACGCGCUCGGCGACCUCGAAGUCAACGCGCUCAGCCUGCUCGGCAGCCUCAGCGAGACGCAUUACGCCCAGCUCGGCAAAAACGGGCGGAUCGCCUUUGCGACCGUGGUGUACAACGCCACUGCCCAGAUGGUCGGCGCGACGGGCAGCAACAGUGCAGCAGGGAUCACAUUGGGACUGGUCAAUGAGGUGCUGGCUUCAGAGGCGGGCGCGGCGGCGGGAGAGAGCGAGGCGGUGUACAGGAUCCUCGUGGCGCUGGGCAACUUGCUGUGCUCGUCGGCCGGUGCGAGUUUGAGUCGCACCAAGUUGGAUACGGCGAGGCAGGCGAUCGGGAGGAUUGCAGCGACCAAGCUGGGCGAGGAACAGCGAAUUGCGCAGAUUGUCGACGAGGUGCGCGGCUUGUUCUGA